AUGAAAAAAUUUACCCCAGUAACACCCCAAUUAAAUCUAAGUUCUUCACUUUGCAUUCCAGGUACUAAAAUAAACUAUAAAUUAUUAACUAAAAAUAGAACUUUUUUAAAAAAUACUCCAAACUCAACUCCAACUUAUAUUUGGAAUCCAAAAGUUGGAAAUACAUCCAUUGUUGAUGUCAAUUCUAAAGGUGUUAUUGGUAAUAAUAAUUGUGCUGGAUCUGUUGUCAUUGUUCAAGAACCAGACCAAAUUGUUUUUUCAUCAUCUCAAGUAGAGGUCGAAGUUGGUAAAAAAUUAGUACUCUCAACUAAAUUAUUAUCAAAGCAUUUACCAAAAGGAGUUCAUUUCGAAUCUUGCUCAAUUAAUAAUUUAGAAUGGAAAGUUAAAGAUGAUUCCAUUUUCAAAAUUUUACCACAUGAAAAGGUCGACCAACAAAAGAUAUCAAGUGACAUAUGUUCAUCUCGUGAAUUUUUGGCUCUAAAAGAAGGCUCAACUGUUAUUUCAGUUCAAUACAAUGGAAUGAGAGAAGAAAUUCGUAUUUUUGCUUCUCCACCAGCUGAUCAAAUGGAAGUUUUAUUAAGUUUAGGUUCAUCGGCCGAGGUUUCUUUCUGUGGUGGUAAAGAGACAUGGCAUUUAGAACCAAAGAUUUAUUCCAAAUUUAUUUCAUCAGAUAAUAAAGAACAAAACUCACUCUCAAUCACUCCAGGUGAUAAUAAUUCAUUCAAAGUCACUUGUCAAAAACAAUCAAAUGAUCCACAAAAUGUUAUUGUGACUAUUAGAAACAAAAAGAGUAUUAGCAGCCCAUUACCAGAAGCCCAUUCAAUUAAAAUUCCAUUCUUUUGCCGUCAACCAUCAUAUGUUCAUAUUCAAUUUAUAAAAUUACCAAAUGAAGAAGAAGGUAAACAAAAAUCACGUGAAAUCAGUCGUUUAAAUAUUCAUAAUAAUAGUUAUUUACCAUUUAUUGCUAUGAAUUCUAUUGCUAAAUAUGUAAAAGGUAGUACCAAUUAUCCAAUUAUAGUUGCAGGUUCCAUCUUUAUUGCCGCCUUUGCUAUUGGUCUUUAUGUAUAUAAAAAACAUAUGUUAAUUUAUAUAUCAAAUUCUUUAUUAGAAUCAUUUCCAUACUCUUCUUUAGUAUCACCAAAUAUUUCACAAUUUAGUAUUAAUUUAUAA